AUGGGGAGCCACGUGCAUACGACCAAGCCCAAGGGCCAGCCUGGGGGCUACGCGUGGCACGAUUUCAACCGCACAGCGUCCUGGGGAAGGAAGCGCGGCACGGAGCGUGACCGCCACGGGACCCCGGGCACUCUGGCUGGUGCCACACGAGGGGGAAGGGAGGCACUUCUACAGUACCGCCGAGCUCUGCUGAGGGGAUUGCGGGCAGUGGCCCGCAAGCCCACAAAUUUCGGAAAGACUGAGGAAGGGCGGAAGGCGUUUCAGGCCCUGAAGGAAGCCCUUGCCUCGGCCCCGGCAUUGGCCUUGCCCGACCCAGCCAAGCCGUUCCUCCUCUAUGUGGCUGAAAAACAAGGAAUGGCCUUGGGAGUGUUGAGCCAGACCCUGGGCCCUUGGAAGAGGCCGGUGGCCUACCUGUCAACGAAACUAGACCCAGUGACAUCAGGAUGGCCAGCCUGCCUGAGGGCCAUAGCGGCUACCUCAGUCCUGGUGAAGGAGGCGAGUAAGCUAACCUUGGGGCAAGACAUCCAAGUAGUUGGGGAACACUAUGUCGAGCAAGUACUCCGUGCACCGCCUGGUCGUUGGUUGACCAACGCACGACUGACUCAAUAUCAGGCUCAGCUCCUGAACCCCCUGGCUGUCAGAUUCCUUAAGACGACUGCCCUGAACCCGGCCACCUUGCUACCAGUCCCCGAAUCGGGAGUGACUCAUUGCUGCCCCCAUGUCCUGGAAGUGGUAGCCGGAACGCGGCCUGACCUGCGGGACCUGGCAUACGAGAACGCGGACCUAACCUGGUACACAGACGGCAGCAGCUUCGUAAACAACGGACUCAGGUAUGCUGGGGCAGCCGUGACAACAGCGGACGAGGUGGUAUGAAAACAAGCUCUGCCCAAGGGGACAUUGGCCCAGAGAGCAGAGUUGGUCGUGCUCACCCAAGCCCUCCGGAUGGCCGAGGGAAGGACGGUCAACAUUUACACGGACAGCAGGUAUGCUUUUGCAACAGCCCAUGUGCAUGGGGCCAUCUACCGGGAGCGCGGGUUGCUGACGGCUGGAGGUAAGGAAAUCAAUCGCCAGGAAAUCCUAGAACUGCUAGAUGCGCUGUGGAUGCCCAAGAAGGUAGCCAUCAUUCACUGCCGAGGGCACCAGAGAGGAAGUGACCCCGUGGCAAGGGGUAACGCCCUGGCUGGCCUGGCGGCCAAAGAGGCGGCGAAGGAAAGGAAGCUGGAGAAGCAGGGGGAAGGAUAUAGGGCUCGAUGUACCCCGUACACAGGAGGCUGGACGCCUUACGAAAUCAUGUACGGGCAGCCUGUGCCCCUAGUGCCCAAGCUGACUAGAGAGGAGAUAGAGGCCUCUAAUCAUAACUUUCUAAAGUCCUUACAGGCACUGCAGGCCCUCAGAGAAGAAGUCCGGAGCCUACGAAGGGAGGAGAAGGAGGCAAAUGAAAGAGGUGGCACUGGCGAAGUAAGGACACUGAACCCCCGGCCAGUGGAUAUAGAUCCUGAACCACCGGCGAGGAAGCCUUGA